CUCCCUCCCUCCUACAACAUUCAUCUUCCAUCUUCUAUCCUUCGGCUUAAAUCCCGAACCAUUGUGUCAGUGCGCAACACUCUUUGUUAGAGCUCCCGUGAACCCCGCCAUCGCAAGUGUCAACCCCUCGUCCUCCAUUGGAAUUAUUCCGUAAGUUCUUCGUCUGUUUACAAGCAAUCCAGGCCAUCCUACUGCACCAGUGAUAGCUAAGACUCGAUAUUGGAAGCCCAAAAUCUAGCCCAUCAUGUCGGCCUACACAACGAACGCCGGUGAACAAGAGACCGAGAAGAUCAACACCAACAUUAUCACCUUGACCCGUUUCCUGACGGAAGAGCAAACUAAGCACAAGGAAGCCACCGGAGAUUUUACUCUUCUGUGCCACGCCCUGCAAUUCUCCUUCAAGUCCAUCGCAUACUACAUCCGCCGAGCUACCCUGGUCAACCUGACGGGUCUGGCCGGUUCCUCCAACAUCACGGGCGACGACCAAAAGAAGCUCGACGUCAUCUCCAAUGACCUCUUCAUCGAAGCCAUGAGAUCCUCCGGCCGAUGCGCCCUGCUCGUGUCAGAAGAGGAGGAGGAAAUCAUCUUCUUCAAGGACGCCACCGGCGCCCGCUACGCCGUCGCCUGCGACCCCAUCGACGGCUCCUCCAACCUGGACGCCGGUGUCUCCGUCGGCACAAUCUUCGGCAUCCACAAGCUGCCCGAGGGCUCCACCGGCACAAAGGAGGACGUCCUCAAGCCCGGCUCCGAGCUGCUGGCCGCCGGCUUCACCAUGUACGGCGCCUCGACGCAGCUCGUCCUCACCAUGAAGGGCGGGACCGUCAACGGCUUCACUCUCGACAACGGCGUCGGCGAGUUCAUCCUCACCCACCCGGACAUGCGCCUGCCCCAGGCCCGCGCCAUCUACUCGGUCAACGAGGGUAACUCGCUCUACUGGGAGGACAGCACCAACAACUACUUCAACUCGUUGAAGACGCCGCAGGAGAACGGCAAGCCGUACAGCGCGCGGUACAUUGGUUCCAUGGUGGCUGACGCCUACCGCACGUUGCUGUACGGUGGUGUCUUUGCCUACCCGGCGGAUAAGAAGAGCCCCAAGGGCAAGCUUCGCAUCCUGUACGAGUGCGCACCCAUGGCGUUGGUAUUUGAGAAUGCCGGUGGCCAAGCGGUAGACAGCCAAAUGAGGAGAAUGCUGGACGUCGUCCCCGAGGGCAUCCACGACAGGGCUGGAAUCUUCAUGGGCAGCUUCGACGAGGUUGAGAAGGUUAAGAAGUUCCACCAGUAAACUGUGUGUAUUGCUGGGAGACCGACUGGUGUGUCCUCGUGCUACAAACCAUCCAACACCAAAAAUGUGGGAGAACACGGCGCAUUUCAUGAUUUACUGAAACCCGGCGGGUGGUUUAUUCUUCUUUAAUGUGGGCGCUUUGGGACAAAUGCGAUGAACAUAAGGAUCGCUGGCUACGUGCCAAGGAGGGAUCGGAUUGAGAAUUCCCUGUUGCAAGCUCAAGUGUAAUUAUCUGGCCGUAGAUCGUAACCUUGAGUUGGCCAGGAAUUGGAUAUGCAUUGAAUGAAUUACAGGUUUGAGUGACGUAAAGCAGAUGAACCCGCCAACUAUUGAGUAUUUCCAAACCACCAACAAGUUUAUUGAACACGGGCAUGU